CGGAUCUCUCCAUCAUUCGGCUUGCCCUCACAACAACAAUCUCCCUCCUGCGUCCAUCUUAUCACAGUCCCGCAUCUCCGCAUCCGCAUCCUCAUCUGUCUACACGCGGCACCCGCCACCCCAUGGCCGCAACGCUCAUGUCGGAGCAUGCGGCGCCCGUGUUCACCCUCGCUCCCCUUCCAUUCAGCCUAGACCUCACGUGUCCCCUCCCCCUUCCCUCCAAAGCGGUUACCUCCCCAUGGCCAUUUCCCGUCGCCGGCCCAAGUACGGCGUCCGACGAGACUCUAGAGUCGUACGUGACGCGCAGAUACUAUGAGGUCGUCUACCUCGGCGAGUUGCUCGCGCCACUCGCAGGUCUUGCAGCAGACUGGCAGCGUGCAUCUGCAAACGAUGGGUUCGCGGACGUUGUGCAGCGCAUGAUCGUGCCUCUCUCGGCGGUGGAAGAACGGCACCGUCGCACACUCGCGCCCGUCGUCGGUGCGGUCUUGUCGAGUGGCAACACAGCAGCAGGGGAGGCACGUAUUAGCGCUGCUGCUGAGGCCGCUGGGCUGAGCUCAAUAGAGCGCGGCGCUCUGGUGACAGGCGUGGCGCUGCGCGGGAACUCGCGCGCAGUAAUCGAUGGCGCACGCGGGGUAGCACAGCGCGCCGUCAGCCAGGAGUUUGAGAUGCGCGAAGUCAUACUUCAGUUCAUCCUGCUGCUCAUGUACCGUGCGGCGCGCCCUGAGCCAGCAGAGCCCAAAAAGAAGCGGAAGAAGGCGGCUUCUCCCACAGAGGAUACCGACGCCGCCCUUGUUCACCUCACUGAUCGUAUCAGCCUGUGGCUCGCGAUGAGUGAGCUCGAAAUCGAGGGAAGCAAGGGCAAGUCGCGCGCCGACAACGGCCCCGCCGCCGCUGUGACUACUCUCUGGACGAUCCUGACGAGUUUCCUCCCGCGUGAAGCGACCUUUCUCACGACCUUCCACCUUGAGGUGUUCGGAAAGGAGAUUCCUCCUGGACUGGUGGCGCCGAAGAAACGCCGCAAACCGGAGAUCACGCACCGCCUUACGAGGCGUCCGUCGCCCGCGUCGACAGCCUCAGGUCCUACAUCUGCGGCUAUGGGGCGGAGUAGCUCUCGUGCAUCUGCUGCUUCGCCCCCGCCCUCUUUCCUUGACCUCCCGCCCAAGCCGAAGCGAGCGCGGCAGUUUGAGGCACGCCCGGCGCCUAAGCUGAAGCGCGCUCAGUCAAUGGCUGCACGCAAGGAGGCUGCGAAAGCGGCAGAGACCGUGCGUGAACCGGGCAGCGGACUCAUGGGUCGCAACUUGGGACGCUCACAGUCGUCGAUACAAUCGACGUCGCGUUCCCUCUCUCGCACCAUGUCCCAAUCACAGUCGCAGUCACAGGCGCGGAGACUGGCCAAGACCCAGUCCGAGACGUUCGUCACAGCCACCCCUGUCAAGGCAAACCCCUUCCGCCGCGCCGUGCAUCAUCCCACCCCAAUCCGUGAAGAGCCGUCAUCCGCCGCGGGCAGCGUGCGCUCUUUCGUCGCUGAGACGCCCACAGCCAACCGCAUCGACAGCUCACCUUUCGUGGGCGAGACGCCGCGCGCGCCAUCCUUUGUUGCCGAGACACCAGUAGCGCGGCGUCACGGCCCUGCCUUUAUCGCAGAGACACCUUACGCGCCGCGUAUCGCAUCCAUUGCCGAGACGCCGGGUGGCAUAAGCGACGACGACCUCGCAGGCCUCAUGGUGCCCACCGACGAUGAGGCAAGCGAGUAACUCUGAUGCCAUGUACCCUCCUCCACUGUAUUAUACUCAAUGCAUGUCCCAAUCCACC